GCAGACCUCCGGCGCUGCCCCGCCAACCCCCGCCCCAUUUCCUUUCUUUGCUCCCGCUAAAGGACAUAUCUCAGCCCGUAUCAUCUCGCUUGUUCCGACUCAAGAGCUGACCUAGCAAAACAACCGCUCGUGGCCGUUUAUGUAAAUCCCAUAGAAUCAAUAGGUCUCCUCUCGUAAGGAACCUGCGAAAGCAAACUGGCCCCUGGCGUUUCCAAACUGCGCCAAAAAGAAAAAAAAGAAAAAAGACGCGCGUGGGCGCAACAGCGCCUGGAGAGCGCAAAUCUGCCUGGCCGGAUCUGCGGCUCGCGAGGAACUUUGGCGGCGUCCUCAGCGCCCUCCUCCCGCUCUAGUGGCGGCUGCCGCGAUUUGGCCGCGGCGGCCAGCCACAGGACAAAGGCACGUUAACACGUGAUGGCUAGGGAGCUUCAUAAAUGGGACCGGGAGAAGGAAAGAAGGGGUGUGCUUCGACGAGGCAAGCUGUGAAGAAGGGGAGACGUCGGGCUAGCGCAACAGCCGUAGCAGCCGCCGCAGCAGCAGUGGAGGAGGGAGGAGGAGGAGGAGGGAGAAGCCUGGGCUUCAGCGAGGGCGGUGCGCGACGCUUCUGCUACUGCUGCUUCUUCUCUCAGAGUGGCAACAGGGACAGUGCCGAAGAGAAGCACAUGGCGAGGGACGCGGACGGCCGGGGCCGGCGCACGACUUGACUGGCUGAAGAAAAAGGGAGCGAGUCCUUCAACCGCCUGCCUGCCUGCCUGCCUCCUACUCUCCCUCACCGGCUGCAGCACCGCCUUCUCUCUACACCCCCCGCUCGCUCCCCAGCCGCCCUCCCCGUCCAACCUCUCUUCUCCUCCCCUCAGCCAGCGCUACCUAGCGGAGAAGCUCGCCCGCAUCCCCGCUGAGGUGGCGCGCGUCUCUUGAGGAGGGCAGGAGGAGAGCUGUCCGCCGGAGAGCACGAGGCGCGCCAAGCCAGCCCAGAACAAGGACAACCGCGCGCUCUGUGCGUCUUCUUGCCUCCUCCUCAGCCGGCGACCUGGGGGCGACGGUGCCAUGUGAAGGAGGACAAAGGAACCAAGAAAGUUACAAAAUGUAUGCACUGGGAUUACGGUUGGAAAGUUUGCAUUAGAACCAUUACUGCUGCUCCUUCCACUAUGUGUUGUUGACAAAACAAAGGAAACCUGUGAUUUAGAGCCAAAAACAGAUGUUCAGACAUUGCUGCUUUGAAGAACUGCAUCUCUGGAGGAAGAGUGUACUGCUGCCUUCUAAUUGCGAAGCUAGCAUCUUCAGUCGUUCAGCCCUGAGGGUGUUUAAUAUUUUUAUUGUGAAAUUGCCCUGCGUCUUUCAGAUAAAUUAAUGGAUCGCUUGACAUACUUUCCCCCCAAGCCUGCGUAACUGAAACCUGAGGUUAUGAAAGCCAUAGAUGGCCUCGCAGAUACGACCUUCAGAACGGUUACAACAGAUCUUCUUUACAUGGGUUCUAACGAUAUCCAGUACGAAGACUUUAAAAGCAACAUGGCUUCCAAGUUAGAAUACUACUCGCAGAAAUUCCCUCUUUCUUUCCGAGGUGAUUUUCACCCAAAAAUGACUGCAGGAGAAGAUGCUGUCUUGGGGAUUCACCAAUCAGAUCAGAUCAAUCUUACAGAUUUCUACAACAAGAGCCUGUCCACCUUCAAGGACAAUGAGGAGAACAUACAGUGUGGAGACAACUUCAUGGAUAUGGAAUGCUUUAUGAUUCUAAACCCUACCCAGCAGUUAGCCAUUGCAGUUCUUUCCCUUACCCUAGGCACCUUCACUGUCCUGGAAAACCUCCUGGUCUUGGUUGUCAUCCUCCAGUCCCGAAGCCUCCGCUGUAGGCCUUCCUAUCAUUUCAUCAGCAGCCUGGCAGUAGCUGAUCUCCUUGGCAGCGUGAUCUUUGUCUAUAGUUUUGUUGAUUUCCAUGUUUUCCAUCGGAAAGACAGUCCUAAUGUUUUCCUGUUCAAGUUGGGUGGAGUUACAGCUUCGUUCACUGCCUCAGUUGGCAGUCUUUUCCUCACUGCAAUAGACAGAUACAUAUCUAUACACAGGCCCCUCUCUUACAAAAGGAUUGUUACUAGGUCCAAGGCUGUUGUAGCAUUCUGUGUGAUGUGGACCAUAGCUAUUGUAAUAGCUGUCCUCCCUCUGCUCGGCUGGAACUGCAAAAAGCUAAAUUCUGUUUGUUCAGACAUAUUUCCACUAAUUGAUGAGAACUAUCUGUUGUUCUGGAUUGGAGUCACCACUGUACUCUUGCUUUUUAUUGUGUAUGCCUAUAUGUACAUACUGUGGAAGGCUCAUAGCCAUGCUGUUAGAAUGCUUCAGCGUGGUACUCAAAAGAGCAUGAUCAUUCAUACUUCAGAGGAUGGUAAAGUGCAGCAGGUCUCCAGGCCUGAACAAACACGUAUGGACAUCAGGUUAGCCAAAACCUUAGUCCUCAUUCUUGUGGUUCUGAUCAUCUGCUGGGGUCCUCUACUUGCAAUCAUGCUCUAUGACGUCUUUGGGAAGAUGAACAAGCUUGUCAAGACUAUCUUUGCCUUCUGCAGCAUGCUGUGUCUGCUGAAUUCCACAGUGAAUCCCAUUAUCUAUGCUCUCAGGAGCCAAGACUUGCGACAUGCUUUCAGAAGCAUGUUUCCACCUUGUGCAGGGACCGCACAACCUCUGGAUAACAGCUUGGAGUCUGACUGCCAGCACAGACAUGCUAACAAUCCAGGUAAUGUCCAUAAGGCUGCUGAAAGGUGUAUUAAAAAUACAGUAAAGAUUGCCAAAGUGACCAUGUCUGUCUCCUCAGACACAACUGCAGAGGCUCUCUAAAGAAAUCUCAUCCUCACGAGAGCACAAAAUAAGAGAAGGCAAGAGAAAUUCAUUCAGAAAGUGUGCGUUUCUUUAAAUGUAUCAUUUUUAUAUAUUAUUUAUUUAGAGUGGCUCUGGUGCUUUGUUUUGUUUUUUCCAUCUUGAACAGUAGCAAACCUCCCCGUCCCCCAAGUUCUACAAAGUCAAGUAAGGACUCAGGAUGUUUUUAAAAACAGAUUUUCCAUUGGCUAAAUGCUAAUUUGAAUAAUAAGUGCAAAAUCCUAUUGGAACAUAGAACAAUGCCACAUUGAUAAAUGAAAAUAAUCUAUAUGCUUAGAAAGGCAUAUUCAAAACAGAGACAUGUAUUGUCAGCAUAAUCAAAUUGGAAUUAAGUUUUGUAACUAGCUUUAUUUCUAAUGAAAUCUGUUACUUGUUUGUAAGUAGGCUUUCAUAUCCCAUCCCACCCAAAAAGCGGCAGUACUGGAUUGAAGAUGUUUUGUACUGUGUCUUGUGAGAUGUAAUGAUGUUUUAUUGUAUGUUACUGAUGUUGUCUAUCCAAAGUGAUUAGGUAGACCUGUGCGGAAGUAAUGUAAAGUAUGUGAUGAUGUAACACCAACAACACCCCUUGCCAUGAAAAUACUUCCUGUAUUUUGGAAAAUUCCUACGAGGUAUUUUGGGGGAGGGGGGGAAUUACAUUUGUAGUGGUUUUUAGUGAAUUUGAAAGGAAAGGCUUUUUUACUUCAUCUGACUGCAUUUGAAACCCCUAUCACAUCUGAAACUCAUGUAAAUAUAGGAAUGACAGCAACAAAGAUACCUAGGUACUUUUGCAAAAGAAAACAGUGUACUGGUUUGGACAAAGAAAAGGCCAUCUGUUGUCAUAUAGAUUGUUGAGUUUUCAUUGGAC